ACUUCUGCAUCGUCUUAAAUUCACUUGCGUCCAUUGCCUUGUUAAUCACUUAACCCACCCAUCUCCCAACUAGAUGCGUUAAAUGCCGUGUAAUAGUGAUGGGUUAAUCAUGCGAAUUAAAAAUGUUGGAACAAUGAAUAACUCGUGUGUCAAUGGUGGCGUGAUUGAUUUUUGAAGGCACGCCUGGCUAGAGUCCGGUGAUUGAGAAUCCCGAUCCCAACCCGGGUUUCCCGUACAAAGCACUCUGUCAUCCAAUUCAUAAGCAAGCAAACAGCACCCUCCUCGACUCUCUCUCUCUCUCUCUCUCGCUCGCUCGCUCUCACUCCCUCCCUCAGAUCCCAACAUUCACUUCAUGAAAUUCAAAUCAAAACCUCCCAAGUUGGAAUCGCAAUGCUAAUGGUAAUGGUAAUGGUAAUGGUAAUGCCCAAUCACUAGUUCCUCACCCAUCCCAACAAUGGAUUCCCCACCUUCCCAACAAUCGUGGGGAAGGUCACACACAUCUUCCUCAUCCAAAUCAAACUCCGACGCAAUCCAAAGCCUCUCUUCCAUCCUCAACAACCCCCACUCCUCCGACGCAACCUCUUGGGUCGGCUGGUGGUCCUCCUCCACCGCCGUCGCUCCUCCCGAAUUCGCCCCCAUCGCCUCCGCCAAAGCUGCCUCCGACAUCUCCCGAUCCGACUUCCAAACCUACCUCUCCCCAAUCUCCGAACCUUACCAUCGCUUCGAGGACAUCCGCAACCACGCCACUAAAGAGAUCAACGACAUCGUUCCCGAUGGCCAAGGCGAAGCCCUCGUCGCCUGCCUCCGCGAGGUUCCCUCGCUCUACUUUAAAGAAGAUUUUCGCUUGGAAGAUGGCGCCACGUUCCGCGCCGCGUGUCCUUUCUCUAAUGUCUCCGAGAACCUCAUGCUGCAGGAGAAGCUCUCGCACUACCUCGACGUCGUCGAGCUUCACCUCGUUAAAGAGAUCUCGCUUCGUUCCUCUUCGUUCUUCGAAGCGCAGGGUCAGUUGCAGGACCUCAACGCUAAGAUCCUCCACGGUUGCACACAAAUUCGACACCUCAAGGAUACCAUUCGCCUCCUCGACGCCGAUUUGGUCCAUUCCGCGCGUCAGAUUCAGGAGCUCAAUGGUACCAGGACGAACCUCUUGGCGCUCUUGCAGAAACUGAGGCUUAUAUUUUACGUCAACCAAGCCCUUUCUGCUCUCAAAUUGCUUGUUGCGGCUGCAGAUUGUGCUGGAGCGCUGGAUGUGACUGACGAUUUGCAACAUUUGCUGGAUGGAGAUGAGCUCACUGGUCUGCAUUGCUUUCGUCAUCUUAGGGAUCAUGUAAUAGGCUUUAUAGAAUCCAUAAACAGCAUUCUUUCGGCAGAGUUUAUUCGAGCGUCCUUACACGAUGCUGCAGAAACAGAUGUGAUAAUUUUGUCCAAAGCUAAGGCAAGGGCUUCUCUUCCCAUGAACGGAAAGGAUGAUGAAGUAAAGUUGGAAGAAGAAGAAACUAAUAAUUUCAAAGAUGGUCUUCUUCCUACUGUAAUUGGAUUGCUUAGAACAGCUAAACUUCCCUCAGUUCUGAGAACUUAUCGAGAUACAUUGACUGGUGAUAUGAAGAGUGCUAUUAAGACUGCUGUUGCUGAGUUGCUUCCUGUUCUUGCUGCUCGAGGUUCAGAGUCUGAGUUCUUUUCUGGCGACAGAGCAGUAGAUGCAGAUGGUGGAGGUGCAUCCCUUGCUAGCAAGUUGAGGAGCCUAUCAUCUGAUAGCUUUGUGCAUCUUCUGAGUGCUAUUUUCAUGAUAGUACAGGCACAUUUAGUGCGGGCUGCUGAAGUGAAAAAGGCCAUUGAAUGGAUUUUGAGCAACCGUGAUGGUCAUUAUGCUGCUGAUUCAGUUGUUGCUGCAAUUGCUCAUGGUGCUGCAGCUGCAGAAACAUCCCAAGAAAGCGAGGUUCAUGGUACUACAUUUUUGCCAUAUUCACCACAAAGAAGUGUAGCCAAGGGUUCCUCAUUUCAGGGAAAAGCAGUUGAUGCUGUGAGCUCCUCAAACAUGUCAAAAAAUUUCAGAGCUGAUAUAUUGCGAGAAAACGCAGAAGCUGUCUUUGCAGCAUGUGAUGCUGCUCAUGGAAGAUGGGCAAAGCUUCUUGGGGUCCGUGUGGUUCUCCAUCCUAGGUUGAAAUUGCAGGAGUUUCUGACCAUAUACAACAUCACCCAGGAGUUCAUUACUGCCACAGAAAAAAUUGGUGGGAGAUUGGGAUACAGCAUUCGUGGGACACUGCAAUCACAAGCCAAGGCUUUUGUUGAUUUUCAGCAUGAAUCUCGGAUGGCAAAAAUUAAGGCAGUGCUUGACCAGGAAACCUGGGUGGAGAUAGAUGUUCCUGAGGAAUUUCAAUCCAUCAUCAAUUUGCUUUUUACAUCUGAUGCAUUGACUUCUGAGAACCUUAAUGACACCGAGGAUGAUAAUUCAACCGCUUACAAUGGUGUGAUGACUAACCAUGAUGGUCUGCCGAUGGCAGAAGGUGCAGAGUCAGGUGCUGAACAGAAAAUUGAGCGGACUAAUUCCAUGGAAUCAUCUACAAACAGUGCAGCAUCAGAUAGAUCCAAACCCCCGGUGGAUUCAAUGGAACCAAAUAAAGCUCAUAGUAGGAUUACAUCAUCACAGAGUAACAAUACAGAGAAAGACCAUAAAAAAACUGCAUCUCAGGCUCUUUACUACAAAGGUGUUGGUUAUCACAUGGUAAACUGUGGCUUAAUAUUGCUGAAGAUGCUGUCAGAGUACAUUGAUAUGAACAACCUUAUGCCAACACUAUCGUCAGAAGUUGUUCACCGUGUCGUAGAAAUCUUGAAAUAUUUCAACACGAGGACAUGUCAGCUUGUGCUUGGAGCUGGUGCUAUGCAGGUGUCUGGUUUGAAGUCCAUCACUUCUAAACACCUGGCGUUGGCAAGUCAAGUGAUUAGUUUUGUACAUGCUAUUAUUCCUGAUAUUCGGCAGAUUCUUUUUCUUAAAGUACCCGAGACUAGAAAAGCAUUGUUGCUGUCAGAGAUUGAUCGAAUUGCUCAGGAUUAUAAAGUCCACCGAGAUGAAAUACAUAGUAAAUUAGUUCAGAUAAUGCGAGAAAGAUUACUAGUUCAUUUACGUGGGUUACCUCAAAUUGUUGAGAGUUGGAAUAGGCCUGAGGAUGCUGACCCUCAGCCUAGUCAAUUUGCUCGGUCCCUUACCAAGGAAGUUGGAUACCUUCAACGUGUUCUAUCUCGAACUUUGAAUGAAGAAGAUGUUCAAGCGAUUUUCAGGCAAGUGGUCAUUAUAUUUCACUCACAAAUUUCAGAAGCAUUUUCAAGAUUUGAUAUAAGCACUUCUCAAGCACAGGAUAGGCUAUAUCGUGACGUCAAACAUAUUCUUCAAUGCAUACGGUCAUUGCCAUCGGGUGAUUUGAGUAAAUCUGAUACUGCAAACUGGGGCCAGCUGGACGAAUUCUUGGUGCAGAGGUUUGGAACUGAUGCUGUUCAGUAAAACUGUAUUGUAAAGUAGCUACUCCAUUGCUUCCAUGGGAAGGCUAACAUACUUUGGAGGAUGUGGGGGGGGAUUUAAACCUUCUUCACUCUGCAUUUCGUGUAACACUAAGUUGAGGCCUUUGGUUGGUCUGAGGUAGAUAUACAAAGGUAAUGUAUCAUUUCUGAGCAUUGUGCAGCCGUGAUCGGUCGUUUAACAGAAAUUUUGUAGCAGUCACGUUGAUAUUCAAAUUCUUGGUUUGUCUCCAUAAUUGUAAUGUUAAAUUGAAAUAGAUGAUUUAGUGAAUGAAUCAAGUUUUCUGCCCCCUCUCCCCUCCUUCCCUUUGCUUCAGCCAUGGUUAUCGAUGCAUCAAUAUGUACACAAUUCGAGAAAUAUAUAGUGAGAUCACCAAUUUGUGUGUUCUGUUCAAGUGCAUAUUUGGGGUUCUAUUAUAAUAAAUACCUUCAAUAAAGAAUUCUUUAGUUGUC